AUGGCUGAACCAUCUCAGCGCACCUUGUGGUGUGCUUUCCUUGAUGACCUUCAGAGACCGUUCUCUGUAGACUGUGCUCUCGGUGUUGACACUAUUGAUAAAGUCAAAAAUGAGAUUUGGUCGAAAAAUCAGCACAAGCUUGCUCGGAGUGAUUAUCCCGAGCUCGAUCUCUACAGCCCUUCCAGCCCAGUCAAGAAUAUUCUUACAAAGGAGAAUCUUGUACAUCUCCAUCCGCGCAAACGAAUAUUAUCCGACUUCCCUCGAUCAAAUGAUCCAGAAAUUGAUGUUGUUAUUAUCCGGCCGCAAGAACAACAGCAAAGUGAACUUGGUGACUAUCCCGAACGAGGGAAACGCGUCGAAUAUGAGUACGAGAGAGGGAAAUUGCCUUACAAACCUCCGAGACGUAACACGCUCCUGGGUUCACUGGGAAGAGCUUGGGAUUACCAGGUGUCCCCGCAUCUAAUUCGAGAACUCCGAAGGCGCAUGCUCCAGCACUAUACCGCAUUCAUUGAAAAUCGUACUGAUAAACAGCACGUUCCUCUUUACUUGUUUUUAUCUGGUGCUGGUACUGGGAAAUCGAGAAACGCCGCUGAGCUUCAUAAAACCGCUUUUGAUUGCUUCAAUGGCACGCAUUUUCCAAAGAAUGACGAUGACGAGUUAGCAAGGAGGGAGGAUGAAUUAGCACGGCUGCUAGAGAAUCCAUUUGUCUUUCAUAUUACCAUGGAAAAUGGAACAAGCAUCAAUACUUCUCGUGAUGAAAAUCCCUGGAAGGCAAUCGGCUCUCGGAUGCUAUUGCAGUUACUCGGAGAACCUGACAACACAGAGGAUGUCCUCGAUUCAGUUAUUAAUCAGUGCGAUUUGGAGACAAGGGCAAUAUUCAUCAUCGUGGAUGGGCUUCACAAUGUUACCCGUUUUGGAGAAGAUGCUUGGGAUGAAACCUUGACCAAUCUUGGCCAACUAGCACAUUGGGGUGGCUUUGUAGUAGUUUGCGCGACAUCAACAGUUUCAGGACCUGUUGAACAUAUUUUGAAAGGCUCUCGUCGAAUAAGGGUAUCACUACCAUGCGAGCCCCUUGAAGUGCCUACAAUUGAUCAGAAACCGGUUAUUGAGACCAAGAACAACAUUGUUGCUGAGAUGCUGGUGAAGGAUUGUGACGGGCAUGGUCGGGCUCUAGAAAUGGUAUCAUCAUUAUACCGGCGAGGGCUUCUUUCCGGAGAUCCAGGCCCAGAUGUGAAGGAAAUUGCACGACAGCUAUCUGAGACAUAUGCUGGUACAAUUCCUGAUGAGCCUGUUGCCCUUUCCAUGGUCAAGGCAGUGAUGGUGAACAAGCUAUUGAAAAAAAAUGAGUUCAUCCCUGGGACGCAGACAACACCAGAUGCCGUUUGCCAGAAUGGGCUUAUCCGGUUUCAAAGUGUUGAGGCGCCAAGCGCGCAAGGUUAUCUAAGAAUUUCAUACAUGUGGAUAUUGGUUUUAUGUAUCACUUAUCCCAAAACCCCAUUUUUUGAGGAGCUCCAAUUCCUCGACUACCGUGCGUACCGCGCGAAUGCGAACCCUGGAGAACCGGGCCGCCUAUCAUGGGAAGAUUUCGAAAGUAUAAUGGUGAAAGUUCGAAAAAUAAAAUCACACGCCUUUGAUGACGGUGUUCAAGUGACAAUUGGUGACAUACACAGAGGGGCAGUUAUGAGUCCAGAGAUAGCAAAGGUUUCUUUCACCAACUAUCACCUCAGUGAUAUAGUUUCCAAGUACAAAAUCGAGCCUACUUGGACGAACUCUUCCAAUGAAAAGGAGUGGAAGAUAGAGACAGCCUCAUCCGAGACUUUGCCGACGCAGAUCAUAGAUCUUCGAGAACAUAAACAUAUUGUUCUAAACGGUAAAAAUGCCUCUGAUGCGGAUGCUUUCUUAUCCCUCGACUCAAUACCCACUCGCAAUGAGGUGCAUCAAUAUAAGGAUAUAAGGGAUGGCAGUAAGGUGAAAUUUAAUGAUGAGCGCAAAAAGGCUGCAGGUGAUAAUGAUAUUUUUUGUCUCUUUUGCACUAGUAAUUCUCCGAAAUUGCUGCAAUUUGUGCCAUAUGGAUCAGUUGUGGUGACUGCGAAGAACUGGAAUGACUAUUUCGGCCCAUACGCUGCUCGGUCCUUUAUCUAUGCAAGGAAAGCUAAGGAGAAGAAGUCUGACGAGGAAAUAUCUCUACAAGGGAAGAAGAGAGAGUAUAGCCAGAUUUCAUGA